AUGGAAAAUAUUGCCUUCUUUAUUCAAAAUGUUCAAAAAAUUGGAUUAAAAUGUGAAUGGACAAUUAGAGCAUUACACAAAAAUUCUGAUCUUAAUUCUGUUUUGAAAACUGUAAUUGAUUUAUCAAAACAUUUUGAAACCAAGUUUAGAAAUUCAAAUGCAGUCCAAUCUAAAAACAGUAGUAGUGAAGAGGAAUUAUUUACUGGACCUUUCUUGAAAUUACCAAUUUUAUUUAAACAACCAUCAAAUGCAACUAUUGAAGUGAAUGCUUCUGUACCAAUGUGGAAAAGUGCAUUAAGAAAGACAACCAGUGGUGUGAAAUUAACAAGUGAAACUGAAACAACAACAACUCCAGCAACGACAACGACUGAGGAAAAAACAUCAACUCCUACUGCCACAACUCCAAUAGAGAAAUCUUCACCAACAACUUUACAAAAUACAGUUUCAACUCCUUCUACAGUAGAAGUUAAACCAGAAACUAAAACAACUGCAUCAAAUUCUAAUGCAAGUUCUACUGCCACUAGUUCAAAAAGUACUGCCACUGCAAGUAAGCAGCAACCAACACAAGAAGUUGUGGAAAAGAAAGUUGAACCAACAAACAAGGAUGUUAAAACAACAUCCGCCACUGUUGCUACCAAGGAAGUGACCACAAAAACACCAGUAACUACUGAGGUCAAUCCAACAAGUGAUAAAAAGACAGCAACAGGAACUUCUGCAAAUAAUGGCAGUAGCUCAAGUUCGACAUCUAAUUCAUCUACUGGAAAUUCAUCACCAAGAGAAAAGAUUCCUGACAAGACUUCUCCAACAACUGCUGCUAUUCCUUCUAAGGCAAUUUUAAAGCCAACUAGCAAGACAAGCAAUAAUACUCCUUCUACCCCUCAAUCAAGUGGACAAGUGCCUGGGGAAUGGACUAAAUUGAAGCCAACAAAUUCUGGAAAUAACCUCAAAGAAGCUGCCAACUCUGAAAAGCAACCUGAAUUUUUAACAAAUCGAUUAAGACCUGUCUCUGUAAAGAUGAACGCAUCACCACUAUCUGAAGCACUCAAGAAUGAAAAUUCAACAAAGGAAACCCCAAGUACAACUGCACCUGUGGUCGAAAAGCAACCAGUGACUAAGGUUGAACCAGUUAAAGAUGUCAAGACUACAACUCCUGUUACUACUAAGGAAGUUACCACAACACCUGUCAAGGAAGAAAAGCUAAUUCCUCAAAAAACAACUCCUCCAAAAGAGGUUACACCAAGUAAGGAUGUUAAAAAAGAUCCAGUUUCAACUCCUCAAGAAGCAUCUCCUAAUACUGGAGUUUCAUAUUUGGCUAAUUUGAAAUCUACACAUGCUAAGAAUGUCUCAACUCCAACAUCAAAUGAAGUGCCAAAUUUCAAGGCCCAACUGAAACCAGUUGCCAAACCAGCAAAUGAACCUUCAAAUAAUACACCAACAUCAGUAAGUGCAACAACAGGAGGCGGUAUUUUCCCAGUUCAAUUGAAAAAAACAAACAUUUCACUUGCAUCUUUGGAAAAUAAGGAAACAACCUCUCCUUCAGGUUCCAACACAAAAACCAAUUCAGGAUUCGGCUCUCCAAGAAGUGAUUCUGGAUCAAGUACUACAAAUACCAGUCAAUAUGUGGCUAAUGAAUCUACUGCAGAUUCAUUGUCUGAAGAUGGAUCAAGUGUAAUGGACUUUGAUGAAGAUGAAGAAGACAUGAGUAAUGAUCAAGGAAUUUCUUAUAAUAUUAAGAAAUUGAAAGAUCAAGUCACUAAUCAACAUCCUUCUGCUGAAUAUUUGUACUCACUUUACAAACUUAUUGAGAAGAAAUCAGUGAAAUGGUGUACAAAAUUCUCAGAUCAAGAAGGAGGUGCCAAAUAUCUUGGCCAAAUCAUCACAACCAUGAAUGAAAAGAAAUAUAGAAGUAUGAAUGAAAAAACAGUUCAAGAAAGAAGUUUGAAAUGUUGUCACGCUCUGAUUGAAAAGGGUAUUUUUGAUCCAUUCCUCAAGAAUCCAAGUUCUGUUUCUGCGAUUACUUUCAUGAUUGAUUCAAAAGAUGGUAUCAAGAUUAGAAUUAUGGCUUUGGAAAUCUUGUCAUUGAUUUGUACUUAUAAUGAACAAGGUUUUUGGACAGUUCUGGAAGGGUUAAACAGAUACAAAACAGAAAAGAAGGAACCAAGAAGAUUCCGUGACUUGAUUGAAUUCCUUAAAGUAGAAAAGGAUGAAAAGUUGAAAACUUUCUGUUUAAUGUUAUUGAACUCACUUAUUAACACUCCUCAAGAUUCGUUUAUUAGAAUUUUGAUCAGAAAUGAAUUGAAACAACUUGGAUUGGAAACAGUUGUUGAUAAAUUGAGUAAUGAUCUGCAACAUGAUAGAAUUAGAGAUGAAAAUUUGAAAGAACAAAUUAAAGUUUUCGAAGAAGAAAUGAUGAUUGGUUUAAUUGAAAAAGAACAAGCAGGUGUUUCAGAUGAUUCUGAGAACACAACUGAAAAUCUCUUUAAGAAUUUCAAAUCCGAGACUGAUCCAUUGAAAAUUGUCAAAUUACUCAUCUUGAGAUUGGGUGCCACAACUGGUACCUCACAUUUGGUAUCUAUUUUACAAAAUUUACUUUCCUACUCGAUGAGUUCAAGUAUGGAUCCAAAGUUUGAACCACAAUUAUUAACAAGUUGGAAGAAUUUGGACAAUACCAUUAAAUCAAUGGUUCAAGCUUGUCAAAUGAAAGGAGAUAGUGGUAUUAUUGAAGAUAUUGCCAAGAAGGAAAAGAAUGCCAGUUUUGAGAAACAAAAACAAACUUCCAAGAUUUCAAACCUCAACUUGACUAUUGAAAAAACCAACAAGGAAAUUGACGAGUUGAAGAAACAAGUUGAAAAUUGGAAGGUCAAAUUCAAUGAAUCAACAAAGAAUAUUUCUAUUCUUUCUAACCAAUUGAAUAAUCUCCAAGCCAAUAAGGACAACAAUGCUCAACCAAAUGAUGUUAAAGUUGAACCAGUUCAACAAAUUAUUCCAAUUGAUACACAAAUUUUCACAAAAGAAAUUGAUGAACUGAAAUUACUCGUUAAAGAAAAAGAGGAUUCCGUAGAGAAUGUAAAUAAGGAGAAUGACAAGCUCAAGGAUCAGUUGAAAGAAUUGUUAAUGGAAUUGGAAGAACACAGAAGAAUGUCCUUCAAACAAUCCUUACAAACUACUACAGGAACAGUCAGAUCUAAUUCUAGCAAUACUUCGAGCAUCUCUGAGGUCAGCAAUCAGAAUAGUGCUGUCAUUGAUCUAGAACCUUCUUUCACAACCGGUGCUGCUGGUUCUGGAUUUGUACCUCCACCUCCAGGAGCUAGUGGUAGUGGAUUUGUACCUCCACCUCCAACUGGAGCCUCUUCUGGUGGUUCCAGUCCUAAUAUUCCUCAAGUUCCAAACAUGACUGGAGCUGGUUUACCUCCUCCACCUCCUUCUGGUAUUGUAUCAAUGUCAAAGAAGAAUCCACUACCAGAAUUAUCAAAGAGAGCUCCAAAGAGUGCAGUUAAAAACUUUUAUGGUGUUGCCAUCAAUAGACAUAAGGUUUCACAAACAUGUUGGGUUAAAGGUGGUAUUGCAGCUGAGUCUAAGGAAGUUCAAAUUGAUGAAGAUGAAUUGGAAGACUUGUUCUCAAAUGCUCCAAAAAAGAACAACAAAGACGAGGAAAAGAAGCGUAAGGAAUUGAUAUCAUUUGUUGAACCACAAAAAGGAAGCGCUCUCUCAAUUUUAUUGGGAUAUAUUCGAUUGGAUUAUUCUGAGAUUAAGAGAGCCAUUUUAGAAAUGGAUGAGGAAGUUUUGACUGCUCAAGUUGUUGAUACUCUAAAGGAUAAGAUGGCAACUGCUGAUGAAUUGUCACAAAUUGAGGCAUACAAUGGCGAUGCAGAUUUAUUAUCACCUGUAGAUAAAUUUAAAUUCCAAACAGAAGUAUCAGAAGUUUUAUCUGAUUUGGAAACAGUUUUAACUGCUUCCACUCAAGUAGUUCAAAGUAGUAGAUUUAAGAGAUUGUUAGCUGUUAUUUUGGCUAUUGCUAACUUUUUGAAUGCAAACUCUUCAUCAAAGAAGAACGCCUAUGGGUUCACAUUGAACAGUUUGUCCAAGUUGCAAGACACCAAGACAUCAGAUAACAAGUCAUCUCUCUUACAAUAUAUCAGUUCAUAUUGUGAAAAAUCAUUCCCUGAUCUAUUGAAUAUUAAGGAAGAUUUUUCAUCAUUGGAGGAUGCUACUCGUGUUUCCCUCGUUGAAUCAGAUAAUGAAUACAGAAAGUUAAAACAAGGAUUUGAAACUAUGGAAAGAGAAUUACAGAAUCCACAAUGGGAAUCCACAACUUUCAAGAAUAACAUGAGUGAAUUCAUGGAAAGUGCCACAAGAUUUUUAGAUGAUAUUGAUUCAAUCUUAUCAAAGAUUGAUGAGAAGUUAAAACAAAUUGCUGAAGAUUUUGCUGAGGACGAAAAGACAGUUUGUAAGAAUCCAAAUGAACUCUUCCAAACCCUCAACAAUUUCCUCAAUAACUUUAGAAAUGGUUAUGAAGAACUUGUGAAACAGAGAGAAGCUGACGAAAAGAAGAAACUCAAACAAAAAAUCAUGGAAGAAAAGAAGAAACAAUCGGCUGCCUUCUUUUCCAAUCAUACCAACAUGAGAACAACUACGAGUCCACAAGAUUCAAUUAUUCCAUCUUCACCACCUCCUCCACCUCCUGUUUCCUCUUCUUUAGAAUCAUCAUCAUCAUCUACAAGUGAAAUUGAAUCAUUCAAUCCUCCAACAAUCAAUACAGAACCAGUGUCAUCGACAAUUAACACAGAAACGUUAUCAACAAGUACUCCAAUUGAAGCUGAAACAUCUGUAACAACACCAUCAUCACAAGAAACCUCCUCUUCAGAUGUAAUGUCAGAGGCUGAACAUUUAGAACUGUUGACCAAGAUGAGAGACAGAAAGAAGAGUAUUAUGAGUGGAUCUGCAUUCAGAGAAAGAAGAAUGACAAGAUUUGCUAUGGAAAGCAAUGAACAACAAUAA